AUGGCGAGUCAUAUCAUUGGCAACCGCAACAGCACCCCCGAAGCCUCGAAUUCAACUCUCCGUCCUCCAUCUUCAUCGCGGAACCUCGGAUCCCACCAGCUGCGGGCGUCGGCAGACAUGUCCGGGUUUCCUUCGCCGCUGUCAGCCCGAAGCAUCCGUCCAUCGUCGGAGGUCUUUUUCAAUCAACAAACUCAAGGUCAAAAUGCGACGGAGGAUGCUUUAGAUCGUGCCGCUCAACAAUGGCUUGCGGACAUUGAUCAGUACGAAACUACAUUGGAGGAGAUGGCAGCUGCUACGCUUGACCAGGACUUCAAGGAUGAACUCAGUGCCAUCGAGCAAUGGUUCCGUGUGCUGAGUGAGGCUGAGAGAACCGCGGCUCUGUAUGCUUUGCUGCAGCAGACCACUCAGGUGCAGAUUCGCUUCUUUAUCCAAGUCCUGCAGCAAAUGUCUCAGGGCCACCCGAUGUCCGGCCUGCUCUCUCCUGCUAAUUUCGGCGAAAAGGAUGCCAUGUCCAGUCGUCUGAGUGAUGCUAUGUCGAAGCUUAAUAUGGAGCCCUCCCGUAACUCCCUCGGACGCCCUCCGCCAUCCCCUGGCGCGAAGCGUAACUCCGUUCUGGACCCGUCUACCAUCAAUGCGAUGUUCCCGGACGCUGCUGCUGCUAUCGCAAAGAAGAAGGCCGAAUUUACUCAGCAAACUGGUAACGCGCCUCCGUCGAACCGCAAUAGCGCAGUCUUCGAUCGCGGCUCUUUCGUGGCCCCCACCAUCUCGGCGCCUGACAACAAUUCCGACAGCUUGGGUCAACCGCCUGCCUCUCCGUGGGCCCAGCGUGGCGUUUCAGACACGCAGCCUCCGAUCGCUCGCCCCAAGUCGUCUUCCGGACACCAGCCCAUGGGCCAGUUCAGCAGCCAGCCUUCGGGUAUGCGCUCACCAAUGCCCCAGACUGCUAAUAUCCCUCCUCCUGAUAUCGAGCCUCCCUUGCUCUCGCCUUACAACGUUGGAAACCACAGCUGGGCGUCGAUGACCAACACUCCGAUGACUGCGACUUUCGGUCAGCAAUCGCACCAGAACUCCAACACCCACGCUGACAUGGUGGCCAAUGCCACCGCAAUGAAGCUGGCAGCUCUGUCGACGGUGAACAACCGCAUUGCUCUGGACGAUGCGCGCAAGUACCGCCGUGCUCGCUCUAAUGAUGGCCAGGGCAAGAACUCUCACGGAAACCCAACUAUCUCCCAGGGACUGGCAAGCCCAGGCCUGGGUGGACAGCACUUGGUGGCCGGUCAGCUUCUCAACACUCAACAGCUGGCAGCUUUGCAGGCCCAGCAACAGGCGGCCAUGGCUGGUAGACGGUCGCGCCCAACAUCGCCGGGCAUUGCUAUGCACGGUGGUGGCUUGACCCCAAUGGGUUUCACUUCGCCGCAAAACAACGGAUUCCUGGCGGCAUAUGACCCGAACAACCCUCUCAUGGGCAACGGACUGGGUUCGUUGAACAUGGGGCAAUUCGGUCUGGGUAGCGAAGGCUAUCUGUCAGACCACUCGGAGGUUACUCGCGGCCGCUCUCCGCGGGGUCGCCGUGGCAGCUCGAAGCCGCCCGAGGAUCCCACCGACCCUGCUCUUCUGAAGGAUAUCCCCAGCUGGCUGCGAUCCCUCAGGCUGCACAAGUAUACCGAUAACCUGAAGGACCUGCAGUGGACUGAUCUGGUUGAUCUGGAUGACAAGGCCCUGGAGGAGCGCGGUGUCAAUGCUCUGGGCGCCCGUAACAAAAUGCUGAAGGUCUUUGAGCAGGUCAAGGAGGCCCGUGUCGAUGGCAAAUUUGAAAAUCUGGUCUAA